GCCGGUCGGUCCGCUGGUUGGUCCGUCAGUUGGUUGGUGGGUCAGUGGCUUGCAGCUUGGUUCUCGGCUCUCAUGUUCCGAAGUGGGAGGGACACGGGAGCGGCCCGCGCACCUGAGCUGCCCGGAAAGGAGCCGCGGCCCAGCACCCAGUAAGAGGAGGGGACUUGGCAGGCAAAAGGAGUCAUGGCUUCUGAUGCUAGUCACGCCCUGGAAGCUGCUCUGGAGCAAAUGGAUGGGAUCAUUGCAGGCACUAAAUCAGGUGCAGAUAUUAGCGAUGGUGCCUGUGAGCCUGGACUGUCUUCCCCGGCCUCCUACACGAACCCCUUCCCGGUUCUCCAUCUUGUUGAGGACUUGAGGCUGGCCCUGGAGAUGCUGGAGCGUCCUCAGGAGAGAGCAGCCCUCCAGAGCCAGAUACCGGGUCCAACGGCUGCCUACAUGAAGGAGUGGUUUGAGGACAGCUUGUCCCAGGUAAACCACCACAGUACUGCUAGCAAUGAAACCUACCAGGAACGCUUGGCACGUCUAGAAGGAGAUAAAGAGUCCCUCAUAUUGCAGGUGAGUGUCCUCACAGACCAAGUGGAAGCCCAAGGAGAGAAGAUCCGGGACCUGGAAGUGUGUCUGGAAGGACACCAGGUGAAACUCAAUGCCGCUGAAGAGAUGCUUCAACAGGAGCUGCUAAGUCGCACAUCUCUCGAGACCCAGAAGCUCGAUCUGAUGACUGAAGUGUCUGAGUUGAAGCUCAAGCUGGUCGGCAUGGAGAAGGAGCAGAGAGAACAGGAGGAGAAGCAGAGAAAAGCAGAGGAGUUACUGCAAGAACUCAGGCACCUCAAAAUCAAAGUGGAAGAGUUGGAAAAUGAACGGAAUCAGUAUGAGUGGAAGUUGAAGGCCACGAAGGCUGAGGUAGCCCAGCUGCAGGAGCAGGUGGCCCUGAAGGAUGCCGAAAUUGAGCGUCUGCAAAGCCAGCUCUCCCGGACCACAGCCCACAGUGACCACACAGAGAGAGACCAAGAAAUUCAGCGUCUGAAAAUGGGAAUGGAAACUUUGCUUGUUGCCAAUGAAGAUAAGGAUCGUCGGAUAGAGGAGCUUACCGGACUGUUAAACCAGUACCGGAAGGUGCAAGAUGUCGUGAUGGCACCUCAAGGGCCUUCAGAAAGAACUCUUGCAGUCAAUGAAGAAGAACUGGAAGGAAGUUUCAGAAAGUGGAACAAUGCAAAUAAAGACCCCGAAGAAUUAUUUAAACCAGAGAUGCCUCCAAGAUGUAGCUCUCCCACAGUGAUGCCACCUCCACUCCCGCAGAAAUCACUGGAAACCAGGGCUCAGAAAAAACUCUCCUGUAGUCUAGAAGACUUGAGAAGUGAAUCCAUGGAAAAGUGCAUCGAUGGGAACCAGCUCUCCCCUGUGGUAGAACCCAAGGACAGCCCUUUCCUGGUAGAGCACAAAUAUCCCACAUUACCUGGGAAGCUUUCAGGAGUCACACCCAAUGGAGAGGCUGCCAGAUCUACUCCCACUGCCUCCCAGCCUGAUGCCACGGGGAGCAGCCUGCUGAGGCUGAAUCGUGGCCGGAGUGUCAGUGCCCCCGUAUUAGGAGAAACAGAAAGUAGCUGGGAUGACACUGCCAUGGCCAAUGACCUCUCAUCCACGUCAUCGGGAGCUGAGUCAGGUCCCCAGUCUCCUCUGAUGCCAGAGGGUAAACGGAGCCCCAAAGGCAUCAAGAAAUUCUGGGGAAAAAUCCGAAGAACUCAGUCAGGAAAUUUCAACACUGAUGUACCAGGGAUGGCAGAGUUCCGACGAGGUGGUCUCCGGGCAACUGCAGGGCCAAGACUCUCCAGAACCAGAGACUCCAAGGGUCAGAAAAGUGACUCCAAUGCCCCCUUUGCCCAGUGGAGCACCGAGCGUGUGUGUGUAUGGCUAGAGGACUUCGGCCUGGGUCAGUACGUGAUCUUUGCCAGGCAGUGGGUGGCCUCUGGCCACACAUUACUGACAGCUACCCCUCAGGAUAUGGAAAAGGAGCUGGGAAUUAAGCACCCUCUACACAGGAAGAAGCUGGUUUUAGCAGUGAAAGCCAUCAACACCAAGCAAGAGGAGAAGUCUGCCCUGCUAGACCACAUUUGGGUGACACGGUGGCUUGAUGAUAUUGGCUUACCCCAAUACAAAGACCAAUUUCAUGAAUCCAGAGUUGAUGGACGAAUGCUGCAAUACCUAACUGUGAAUGAUCUACUCUUCUUAAAAGUCACCAGCCAACUACAUCAUCUCAGCAUCAAAUGUGCCAUUCAUGUGCUACAUGUCAACAAGUUCAACCCACACUGCCUGCACCGGCGGCCGGCUGAUGAGAGUAACCUUUCUCCUUCAGAAGUUGUGCAAUGGUCCAACCACAGAGUGAUGGAGUGGUUGCGAUCUGUGGACCUGGCAGAAUACGCGCCCAACCUUCGCGGGAGUGGUGUCCACGGAGGUCUCAUAAUCUUGGAGCCACGUUUCACUGGGGACACCCUGGCCAUGCUUCUUAAUAUCCCACCACAAAAGACACUUCUCAGACGCCAUCUAACCACCAAGUUCAGUGCCUUGAUUGGUCCUGAGGCUGAACAGGAGAAGCGAGAGAAAAUGGCCUCACCAGCUUACACACCACUGACCACCACAGCCAAAGUCCGGCCAAGGAAACUAGGAUUUUCACAUUUUGGAAACAUAAGAAAAAAGAAGUUUGAUGAAUCGACGGACUACAUUUGCCCAACAGAGCCAAGUGACAGUGCCGGGGACAGUCACGGAAUCUACAGUGGCUACCGGGGCCUCAGCGCCCUGGAUGCCCCUGAACUGGAUGGGCUGGACCAGAUGGCACCUUCGGAAGGCACUGUGACGCAGAUAGGGCUUCUCUCCCAAGACAUUCACCGCCUCACGACUUUGCUGAGCCAGGACCAGCUGCUGAACGACUCCCGCCUGGCCACUCCCGACUCUGAUGACUGGAGAUGACUGACUUCGUGGCCAAGAGCCCAGAGAGGCACUUGUUGGGGAGGGGGCUGAGAAUCUCCUUCCAUGGGGAGCUGGCACACAGCCACCUGUGGAGCCCAGACUGGGGCUGGCGGGCAUCUCAAACCCGGGCACCGACAGGAGCAAAGCAGAGCUGCACAACAGAUGUCUAAGAGCGGCCCCAGUACCCUGUGUGUUUUCAACUGUGCUGUGCUCUUCACUGCAGCUUUUAUACCUUUUGUAUUUUUAUACAAGGACUGCAGACCACUUCUGUGGGGAGGGCAGUGAGGUAUCGGGGCACAGACUCAAUGGCACCUCUGUUCCUGGUGACACCUGAGAGGCUCUUUCACCAGUGGGGACGGGCUGUUCAUAAAACUGCUGGAAAAAAAGAUCCGAAAAAAUGUUCUGAAUGGUUUGUAGUACUGAGCUGGGUGAAAUGAUAAUAGGGAGCCCCCUUCUGGGCUGCUUCGCAAAAGCAGGUACAGUAUUUCCAUUCAUAGGAAUCUGGCCUGGUGAGGGAAGGAGCAAAGAGGCUCCUUUCCCACCGCCCUGUCUGCCCUCCAACGACUCUCUUCUGCAACAGGUGUCUGCUGGUUCCCAGGUCCUGCCGGGCCACCCAGCGCCUCAGCAGAGGAGUCCCUAACACAGGCAAAGGCCCACUCCCUACUCCCAAGCUUACAGAGCACACUCGUAGUCUCCAAGGCCGUGUCCUGCCAUUUUCCCUCAUCCCCCUCAGAUGUAUUUUGAUUAAAUAGUACCCUAAACUCAGCAUGUUUCCACUGCCAGCUCAGCACCUUCCCAACAAGCCUGUUCCCUCUCUGGUGUCCUACCUCAGAGAGAGGCACCACUGAGUCAGUCUCCUCCCUCGGUCCCCUCCCCAACCAAUCAGUUGCCAAAUGCUCUCCAGCCCCUCAGUGUUUUUCCUUUCCUCGCCUUCCCACUGGGACUGCUCUAGGUCAGCCCUCACCUCUCAUCUCAGCUGAUCACUGUAGUUGGUCUCCUACUUGGGACCGCACCCCUCUACUGGUUCCCUCCAGAUGUCCUCUACCCUGGUCCCAGGGUGCCAUCCUAAAGCACCAUUUUAAUCCUGUGCCCUUUCUGCCCAGAAUAUCUUAGAAUUACCACAGGAGGAGUUCAGUAUUCUCAGCCCACAUGAGGCCCUUCUCAGUCAGCAUUCUGGCUUUUUCAGAUUCCGUGUGCCCACUUACUAGCCAAAUCUACUGUUUCUUUCAAGGCAUGUGCGUGUACCACUUCUACCUCUAGGACUUCGAGCAGGUCAUUCCCUCACUAGUGAAUGCAUUUGUCUUCCUAGCCCCCUUCACAAAUCCUACCUAUUGGGGCUCAGCACAGAUCCUACCUCUUUUCAGGAUAUCUUUGCUGAUGUCUCAGAGACCAGCUCUUAUCCCACAGUGUCUUGUCUGUCCUUUGUUCAGGCCUGAGAACUUCCUGGCUCACCUUGAAGUUGUUUUAUGCGUUGUCUGUCUCCUUUACUUUACCCAUCCUCAAUACACACAACUGAGCCCCUGCUCUGGGCUAGCUCCUGUAUGGAUAUGAGUAAGACUCAAUCCUGAUCCCCAUAUUGCUCAAGGAGACCCUGCUCCUGGCUCCCCAUCUGCCCACUUGCUCACAUGUGCAUGUUAAGUACCUUCCAUGCUUGGGCUAGGAAGGGCUAGAGAUACCAGCUGGAAUGCCAAGAUCCCUGCCUAAGCAGUGCUUAUAGUCUAGUGGGAAGUACAGACCUGUUUAAAAUAAAUAAAAGUGUGCUAAAAUGUUACAGGGGCUCUAACAAGUCUCAAAAGCCCAAAAGAACAAGUUGUCAUUUCUAUUAGGGGCCUUGGGCCUGGGACUGAAAAGGCUCCAUGGAAAAAGGUGAUACUUUGAUUUUGAAAGAUGACUUGUGGUAUGUCAGAGGGGAAAGGCAUUCUAAGCAGAUGGGCUUGAAAUAUCCCAGUGCUUUCUGGGAACUAUCAAAAGUUUGUAAGAUCAGAGCAGGGGUUCUCAACCACCACAAUAUUGUCAUUUUGGGCUACAUAAUUCUGUGGUGGGGGCUGUCCUAUGCAUUGUAGG